AAACUCCUUAAUAACAUAAACCCAGAACAAAACCCCCCGUGUUCUCUGUACCGCUAAACCCAACCCUAGUUUAUUUUCUUCUUCACCUUGACUUGUUUUUUGCAGAAGAAAGUGAGGAAUAUGGAGGAAGAAGGGAGCGCCAGGAGGAUCCAGGUGCGUUUCGUGACCAAGUUGAGUGAGCCUUACAAAAUUCCGACCACCGCCAUUGCCAUCCCCGCCGACCUCACCAGAUUCGGCCUCUCCUCUCUCGUCAACGCCCUCCUUGAAUCCAACGACGCGCCGGAACCGUUUGAUUUUUUGAUUGAUGGCGAGUUCAUUCGAAUGUCGCUUGAGCAGUUUCUUCUCGCUAAGGGAAUCUCUGCGGAAAGGAUAUUGGAAGUUGAGUACACAAGGGCUGUGGCCCCACGAAAGGAGGAAGACCCUUCUUUACAUGAUGAUUGGGUCAGUGCUGUUGAUGGUUCUUCUUCUCGGUUCUUUUUGACGGGAUGUUAUGAUGGUUUAGGGAGGGUGUGGAAAGGUGCUGGAUUAUGUACCCAUAUAUUGGAUGGACAUAGUGACGCAGUCACUUCUGUUAGUAUCAUCAAUCCAAAAGGUGAUUCAGGUGCGGAAACUGUUACAGUAGCUACUGCUUCGAAAGACCGGACAUUGAGGCUAUGGAAGCUCAAUACAGAGGACCCUGUAAACCAUCCUAUGAGGGUUAGGGCUUACAAAAUCUUGCGUGGUCACAAGUCUUCUGUACAAAGUGUUGCAGUGCAGACUUCUGGAGAAAUGGUUUGUUCAGGUUCUUGGGAUUGCACCAUCAAUCUAUGGCAAACAAAUGACUUCAAUGCAGAAGAUGACCAAGUGUCCAAGAAGAGAAAAGUUGGAGGUCAAGUUGAGGAGUCUCAACUAGAGGGAGAGGCUUUUACUACCCUUGUGGGCCAUACACAGUGUGUAUCUUCUGUGGUUUGGCCACAACGGGAGUUAAUCUAUUCUGCAUCAUGGGAUCAUUCUAUUAGGAAGUGGGAUGUUGAGAUAGGAAAAAACUUGACUGAUAUAUUCUGUGGGAAGGUUCUCAACUGCCUUGAUAUUGGUGGGGAAGGUUCUGCUCUGAUAGCUGCUGGUGGUUCUGACCCUGUCCUUAGGAUCUGGGAUCCUCGUAAGCCAGGCACUUCUGCUCCUGUUUUUCAGUUUGCUUCUCAUACUUCUUGGGUUUCAGCUUGCAAAUGGCAUGAUCAGUCUUGGUUUCAUUUACUUUCUGCAUCCUAUGAUGGGAAAGUUAUGUUGUGGGAUCUGAGAACUGCGUGGCCUCUUUCAGUCAUUGAAUCCCACAGUGAUAAGGUAUUGUCUGCUGACUGGUGGAAAAGUGACAGUGUUAUCAGUGGUGGAGCAGACUCGAAACUUUGCAUUUCGUCAGAGAUCCCUGUACAGUGAGGCAAACUUUAAUCAUACUAUCAUAGUAUGGUGAUUUUUUUGAGAUGGUGGGAUAGAGGCAGAUAUUUCUUAAAUGUAGGGAACCAAUCAAGUUUUUGAGCCAAUUUUGUCCAAGGCACAAUUGUCUAGUGUUUUUUAGGUGUUGUGAACAAAGUCUUAUUUUGUGUAGAAAUGUGUUAUCCAUACAACAAUUAAUACAAUAUUUUUUAUGUUUA